GAUUCAUAAGUGUUUGCUUCGCUCAAGUGCGCGGUUACUACCCGAAAAUAUUUUUCAAGUUCUUUUCAAUUAAAUCUUAAAAAUGAGAAUCCUUGCGGAGAACCAGGUCCAACUCUUGGAUCCUUCGGAGCUGAUGCGUCCUGAGCCCACAUUCGCGGACAAGAAUCCCUCCAAAUUCCGGGACUACAGUAUGGACACCACCGAUCCUCUAAAGGAACGUGUGCGCCAGACUUAUCGUCAGAUGCAUCUGAACCAGACUGUGGAUUUCGUCAAGGGUCGUCGUGAGCACUGGCUGAAGUUUAACACGAUUAAGAUGACUGUGCGCGAAGCUUUGGAGAAGCUGAACGAUUUGGUCGACGAAUCGGAUCCCGACCUGGAUCUGCCUAACAUCAUCCACGCCUUCCAGGCUGCUGAGCGGGCACGCGCCGAAUUUCCGGAGCACGACUGGCUGCAUCUUACGGCGCUCAUUCACGAUCUGGGUAAGAUCAUGGCCUUCUACGGCGAGCCGCAGUGGGCGGUGGUUGGCGACACCUUCGCCGUGGGCUGCCGUUGGGGGGAUAGCAUUGUGUACCGGGACGAGAGCUUCGAGGGAAAUCCAGAUGGGGAUAAUCCCGCCUACAACACCGAACUGGGCAUCUAUCAGCCCAAUUGCGGAGUGGACAACCUGCUGAUGUCCUGGGGCCACGAUGAGUACAUGUAUUCCGUGCUGAAGCAUAACAAGACCAAGCUGCCCCAUGUGGCGUGCAACAUCAUUCGGUUCCAUUCGUUUUAUCCGUGGCACAAUGGCGGCGACUAUAAGCACCUUGAGGCUCCCCAGGAUGCGGAGACCAAAAAGUGGGUGCUGAUCUUCAAUCGCUAUGAUUUGUACACCAAGAGCGAGGUGGUUCCGGAUAUUGAAGCCUUGUGGCCAUAUUACCAGACCUUAAUCGACAAAUAUUUACCCGGAGUCUUGGAAUUCUAAGCGUACUUAUAUACGAGUGAUGUUUAGCUUUCUGAAUGCUUUUACUUUAUAUAUAAGACAACAUUUAUACCUGUAAUAUAAUAUAAUGUGUAUGCUCCAUGUAUAUCCCCAUAUAUAUAUACCCAAAUAACCUGAAAAACAAAAAAGUUUUAAAAAAGUACUGCAUACUUUUUGGCAAGGAAUUUUUUGAAAUACUAAGAAUUGGAGUUAGUACUGGUAGUACCAAAGACAUUAGAAUAUUAUUCUAAUACUGCUUCUGAUGAAACCAUACCUUCCUGGCGUGGAAGACUCAGGGGUGUUCACUUCUAUCGCUCCAAUGCUCCACAUAGCGACAGUUCGGAGCAGUUCGACGACAUGCUUGGAAAGCUUGCUAUAUAUCUAUCUGUAUAUACCUAUUUGCUUAGACCGAACUUAAUGAUUUUCCCUUUUUCCAAAACUUACACAAAUAUAUACCUAAUACCUUACACUGAAAAAACUGUUCAAUUCACUAUGUACUUAUUAGUAGUUCUUAUAAACCUUGUUAUUACUAAUUACGUACGAAAACAGAACGGGAAAUAAAUAUCUAAAAAUUUAAAUAGU